GGUCAGCAGGAAGAUUGUUCUCAUCCUCCCUUGUGAACACCGAGGAAAAGAAAUUGCUUCCUCUUUGUCUUGGUCAGAAUAUGCUUAACUACCAUCUUCAAGCCCCAGGUCCGAUACUCUUACUCGCGUUUUUAAUUUUGACUUUGCCUAGCGAUAAAAUACCUUUGGGUCUGAGUUGACCUCGCUUGCAAUAAUCUCUGGAACUCAUUUUCAGCUUUUCUACACUCUGACUUUGCUUGGUUCUUGGAUCUGGCAUACAUCCUCCUGUCCUGUUCAUCGUUUGACCCAACCAACCUUACCAAUGUAACUUACCAUAGUUACCAAUGUGACUUACCAAACCAACCUUACCAAUGUUACUUACCAUAGUUUCCAAUGUGACUUACCAAUGUUCUUUUAUGGAUAGUCGAUAAAUAGGAAUAUUUGGUUGACAACAAAAUGGAAAUUUUAAGUUGUUUACCCUCGUCUUAAAUCUUAUCAUUAUGUUCUUAUGUACUGUACAAUAUACAGUAGGUGCUUAAGCAAGUUAACAGACCACAUCAAAACCCGCUUAGGUAUUAAGCAAUUCAAAGCUAAAACAAAGAAAUACAUAACAGAUGAAGCUGCCAACACCAGCUAAGUUCCUACUACAGGGUAAUGCUAUUUUACUGUGAGUGCGCUCUGAUUGGCUAAAUACUUUCUGUUUAAGAUAACGGGGGUGGGACCGCCCCCCAGCUAGGAAGUUAGGCAAGGCUAGGUAGGUUUCUUUGGUUGGUUAGGUCAGGUUCUAGUAAAUGUUGCCUCUUUUAUAAUGAUAAGAACAUGUGGAAAAAAAAAAAAAAAAUCGAGCUUGUUGUUUGCGCAGUUAUACCAUGACACUUCAACAAAUCUGCUUUCAUCAAAAUGGCGUGAAAUAAAUCCUGGUAAAUGGCGAGGAAUCAUCGGGAACAGGUUGUGGACGCUCUCUCAAGAUGAGUCACACAUCAGUUACCAGGUACACACUUCAGUGGAUGUGUCCUUGAACCACAAGAAGAAAGAAACUCCUCAGGCAAAAAUUACAAAAAAGAAAAAGAAAACCAAGAACCUAAAAACAUCUCCAGUACCGGUAACCAAUGGAUUAAAAAAUUACACUGAAACUGAAAGUGAUUGUAAUGGAAAGGAAGAAUCAGAUGAUAUUAGUGAGGAGAAGUUUAAAGCCAUGUUGAAGGAUUAUUUCCAGUUGGAUAUAUCACUGGAGAAGAUGUAUUUAGUGUGGGCCAAAGCUGAUAGUAAUUUUGCUACAGUAUGUCCUCAGUUUCCUGGUGUACGGAUGUUAAAUCAAAAUCCAGUUGAAAAUGUAUUUUCAUUUAUAUGUUCAUCAAAUAACAAUAUUCAGAGAAUCACCAAGUUAGUUGAGAGGUUGUGUCAGCUGUAUGGCUCUCCUCUGUCCACUGUGGAUGGCAUCACAUGGCACUCAUUCCCAGAUGUUUCAUCCCUGGCAGCACCAGGAGUGGAGGAAACACUGAGAGACCAAGGCUUUGGUUACAGAGCCAAGUAUAUACACAAGUCGGCACAGAUGAUCAUGGAAGAAGGAGGUGAUGCUUGGCUCCACUCCUUAAGGUCACUUCCUUACCAAGAGUGUCACUCACAACUUAUGCGUCUCCAGGGCAUCGGUGCUAAAGUGAGUGACUGCAUCUGCCUCAUGUCCAUGGGUCACUUGGGUGCAAUUCCUGUAGAUACUCAUGUGUUCCAAAUAGCUGCCAGGGACUACCUGCCACACUUGCGCUCCUGUAAGACUGUAACUGACAAGGUCUACCGGGAGAUUGCAGAUCACUUUCGCUGUGUAUUUGGAGAAUAUGCUGGCUGGGCUCAUUCUGUUUUGUUUAGUGCUGAUUUGAAGAAGUUUGAAACUCUUAAGACUGAGGAGAAGCAAGUGAAGAAGAAACAGAAGACUACAAAGUCCAGAACCUGAAAAUGUUGCUCAUUCAAGUGUAUAAUCCAUAAGUCAAGUUUUUGUAGGGAUACUUUUUUUAAUGAAGUUUUAAAAUCUAUUUUUAUGACACAUUAUACGUUUAAUAAUUAAGUACCUGAACCUGUUCAUAUAUUUUAUGACAAUUAAUAAAUUAUGAUAAUCUCUGUAAA